CUGGUGCUGCGGCUACCGGGCGGCGGCGGGCGCUGCUCUGCGGGGAGCGGCGGGAUCUGGGCUGCCGCUCGCUGCGGGUGGACGGGCCAGCGGAGCAGAGAGCAGAAGCGAGGCGCCACUGCUAGAAUCCUACAUCUCUUCUGCAGGCAGUCCCAACACAUCGAAUCUCAGGGAAGGAGGAGAGUCUAAGCCCAGACAGUAGGGCUUCUGAGCAGUAGGGAGGUCUCCAUUCCCUCCUGCCCCAAGCUGCUAAGUAUUUAGCAGCUCUCAGCAUGGAAGCCAUCGCCAAAUACGACUUCAAAGCCACUGCAGAUGAUGAGUUGAGCUUCAAAAGGGGUGACAUCCUCAAGGUGUUGAAUGAAGAAUGUGAUCAAAAUUGGUAUAAGGCAGAACUCAAUGGAAAAGAUGGCUUCAUUCCCAAGAACUACAUAGAAAUGAAGCCACAUCCGUGGUUUUUUGGCAAAAUCCCCAGAGCAAAAGCAGAAGAAAUGCUUGGCAAACAGCGACAUGAUGGUGCCUUUCUUAUUCGGGAGAGUGAGAGUGCACCUGGAGACUUCUCCCUCUCUGUCAAGUUUGGAAAUGAUGUGCAGCAUUUCAAAGUGCUCCGAGAUGGGGCUGGAAAGUAUUUCCUUUGGGUUGUAAAGUUCAAUUCUUUAAAUGAGCUGGUAGAUUAUCACAGAUCCACCUCUGUUUCCAGAAACCAGCAGAUAUUCUUGCGGGACAUAGAACAGGUGCCACAGCAACCAACAUAUGUCCAGGCCCUCUUUGACUUUGACCCCCAGGAAGAUGGAGAGCUGGGCUUCCGUCGGGGAGAUUUCAUACAGGUCCUCGAUAACUCAGACCCCAACUGGUGGAAAGGAGCCUGCCAUGGGCAGACUGGCAUGUUUCCACGUAACUACGUCACCCCAGUGAAUCGGAACAUCUAAGAAUCAAUAAGAAAUUAUUUAAGGAAACAAGAAAAUUUUAAAACAUACACACAUACAAAAGUAAAAUCCACAUGCUGCAUCUAACAGCAGCCAGUGAGGGAGCUCUGAGCAUCUGGCCAUAACACCUAAGUCACCUUAGGGUGACCCUCUCUCAUUCUGGAUGGAACUUUGGUGAGGGAGGGAGGGGUGGGAAAGGGAGUUGGAUAUAAAAUGCCAAAACUUACCUUUAAAUUAAGAAAAGAUAAUUUUUAUUACAGAUUUUCACAGGUGUUCCUAUUUCCCUUCCUUUAUCCCUUUUUCCCCCCCAUUCUUUCUCUUCUGUCCAUCAGUGCAUGACAUUAAAUGACACACCUAAUCUUAACUGAUGCAGAUAAUAAAAGAUAAGAAACCAA